CCCUGAGAUCGUGACCGGAGCCGAAGGCAGACGCUUAACCGAUUGAGCCACCCAGGCGCCGCAGCCCUCACUAGUUUUUCUUUUCUGAACUCUCUGUCCCUACACCCCCUCUUUAGUCCCACUCUUCUCCUGUGAGCCGGGCCGGCUUCUUCCACCGUAUUGUAGGGCUCUGCGGCGGGGGGGGGGGGGGUGCCUUGUGCUCCUCCCGAUACUCCCCUGCAUUUCAAGUCAUGCUGAGCACAGCGGGUGUAGAGUGAUCUCAUAGCCUGGCUUGGUGGUGUGUGAACUCUCACAAGCGUGUACUACGCUGGGAGGUGGUGGGGGAGGGCUUCCCAUUCAGAGACAGGCAAUCACUUGGGGGAGAGGUGGGAGCCAUUAGCCUCUUUCAAGAUGAAGGGAGAGCAUGUUCUGGAUAGGGUUGGGCCAAGCUCCUCCCCCUCCCCCUCUCCAUCCCAGGUGCUGGCCCCCAGCCCCACCUGGUGGGCAGCUGACUCCAUAAACUACCCCAAGGAGCAGGAGGUGGCCGUCAGGAGGAGCAGGAGAAUGAGCGCUGAGCAUGGACAGCAGCAGCCGUCUGGGGGCCGAAGGGGCCGUAGUUCUGGCGAUAAGAGGUCCAGAAGGCGUAGCCGGCGCAAGGAAACCUACUCAAUGUAUAUCUACAAGGUGCUAAAGCAGGUGCACCCAGACAUCGGCAUCUCUUCCAAGGCCAUGAGCAUCAUGAACUCAUUUGUGAAUGACGUGUUUGAGCGGCUGGCUGGCGAGGCUGCCCGGCUGGCCCAGUACUCAGGCCGAACCACACUGACAUCCCGGGAAGUCCAGACGGCGGUGCGUCUGCUGCUGCCCGGGGAGCUGGCCAAGCACGCCGUGUCCGAGGGCACCAAGGCCGUCACCAAGUACACCAGCUCCAAGUGACCCAGGGCCAAACCUUAAUAAAGAGUGAACUGUU